UGGUGGUAAUAGUAUGUAGCUACCUAUGUAAAAGAGUAGGUAGUGCAAGUAGGUACCUAUUCCAUGUAGUUAGGUACUCAAUUGGCGCUAUUUGCUUUUUUAUAACAAAAUAUUUAAUUAAAAAUAAAAUUGUCAGUAAUUGUAGAAAAUUAUCAUAAGUGUAAAGUGCGAAUUUAUAUUAUAAACAGUCAAACCACACAAACAAGUUCUGUAAAAGAUCAUCCAAUGGGUUCCUUAAAGUGAAAUGUUCCAGUGAGGCUUCAAUUGAAGCCUUUAGUAUAAGUUGUCAUUGAGGAAUUGAAUGGCUAUGUAUUAUUACGCAAGUAAAUUGAAUGAGGCCUCAUGUAGCGGCUGCAAUAUAAAAGUACCCCCCGCACCCACAGAACCAGCACCAGUUCCACCUCCUCCCACCGAUCAUGCACCACUACCUCCUGAUCCAACCCUGCUUCAUGGUACCGGGCUCUCAUACUAUGAUAAUGAUGACUAUUAUUCAAUGGUACGUGGAAACAAGUUCAUGUCAGAAACAACUUGUAAACAUAUUGUAAUGAAUGGUGGCAUCAAUUUUGUAUCCACUCAGAAAGUAGAAGCACCCCAGUUAUCUAGUGUUUUACCACCCAGUGUGAAGUCAAUAUCAGCGCUUCCAUAUGUGAACUGUCCAACUGAUAAAUCAGAUAUUGAAUACAAGGAUGGUCAAAUAGUGAGCGCUGCAUUAGACUCAUUAGUAGAUAUGCUAAGACCAGGAGCAAGUAAAUCAUUUACAUUUACUUUUUUACUUUGCUCCCGCCUUUUCGUUAAGCCACAUGAAUUGUUAAGUAAGCUGUGCAAGAGGUAUUUUAAAAACUAUGAAAAAAUAGGAAAAACUGAAGUAAAAGAUUCACUUCAAAAGGAAUUAAAUGAUAUGACAUCUCUUGUAAGAGUAUUGAAUCAGUGGACCAGUAUGUUUCCUUAUGAUUUUCGUGACGACAGAGUCAUGGCGCUUGUUCGAAGUAUUACACAAAGAUGUGCAGCAGAGCAUAUGGCUUCAGUGAGAGUGGAAGUAUCAACGAUGUUGGAAAAGCUACUUGAUAAGUUAACAGCUCUUGAACAGUAUGAAGAAACUUUGAUAGAAAUUCCACAAGUGUCAUCUGUAGAUCAGUUAGCUCAGGGCGAUAUUUUAACACUAGGUUUGUCACCAGUAGAAUUAGCAAAUCAGUUGACAAUAGUUGAAUUGCAUAGACUAUCAUUUGUUGGUCCUGAAGAAUUUGUUCAAACAUUUGCUCCAGUACAACCACCACAGUCAACUUCUUGUGGCAAAAAUACUAUCAAUUUACACCACAUUGAAACGAAAUGCACAAGGAACUUAGAAGCUUAUGCGGAUUGGUUUAAUAGACUCAGUUAUUUAGUUGCCACUGAUAUUUUGAAGGCUGUAAAAAGCAAAUAUAGAGCCAGAGUGAUAGAACAAUGGGUAAUGACCGCUAGGGAGUGUUUUAAUCUCGGAAAUUUUAAUUCUCUUAUGGCUAUUAUCAGUGCUCUCAACAUGUCUCCCGUUACAAGGCUCAAGAAGACGUGGAGUCGAACAUCUGCCGUGUGUGGUCAGCAACUGCGGCAGUUGGAACUAUGUGUAGAGCCCAGUGGCAAUCACGCUAGGUACAGGGCGGCAUUAGCGGCAGCUCCCACCGAAACGGCGGUACCGUUAUUAUCAGUGACCUGCAGAGAUUUACAUUUUGCCAACCAGGGCUCUCCAUCGAAGUUAGCGGGUAACCGUGUCAAUUUCGAAAAGUGUUCUCUCCUCGCGCGACAUGUGUGCACGCAACUUGCGGGGCGAAGGCUGACCACCGACGAACCACCAGCGCCGCCCGGUCCCACACCUAUCGCUACGGUCUGGCGAUUUCUGAGCGACAGAGCCACGCUCACUGAAAACGCUCUGGAGUUAACAUCGUUCGAGCGAGAGCCGCCUGUCGACAAUUUAGAAAAAGAACGUCUGAAGCGUCUUCGUGGAGCUACUUAAAAGGUGAAAGCCUGUGAUUUUAUUUUAAUUGCUAAAAACUAUGAGUCUAAAUACGACUUCUAUUACAACAAAUUGGAAUUCUAUAAUUAUUUGUGUACAAGACAUAUGGCUAUUAAGUCGGCAAUAAUAAUCAUUGAGAGAUUCGAUUUAUCUAAAUGCAUACAUAACUAUCCGCGCACUUUAUUUACUAGUUACCAGUGAAAUUUUAUUGUAAAGUUCAUAUUUCUCUCAAUCAUUUAUUGGUGGAAUUUAAUUAUGGUAGAGACUAAACAAAACCGCCAGGAAUUUUGCUAUACAGACCUGGCGUAACUUAAUAUCUUAUCAAGUGUUCUUUAUGCUUUUUGUUAAGCUAUCUUUAUUCAAAUUCAAAAGGAAUAAAUAUAGACAAAAGUUUAAUAAUUAGUUAAGAAACUCGAGUAAUAUUGCAUUUCAAUAUAUUAAUGGGAGAAGUUUUAUAUUCAACAAAGACAGCUAAAUCGAUUGGACCAAUUUUAGCGCGAUCGAUAUAUUUAUUUUGAAAGCCUGGUGAUAAGAGUUCAAUGUCAUUUUAUAUACAUAUAAGUGGUAUUGCUCACUUUAAAUUAACGUAUAUAUAUUUUUCUUUAUAAUUUCUUGUAAUUAUUACCUAUAUUUUAAUAUUUACUCAUGCUCACGAAAACUCAUUGUAUAU